GUCAUUCAGUGGCGGGUCCCGGCCGCGGGGCUGGCGGGCUGGAGUGAGGGAAGAUGGCGGCAGCGGCGGCGGCUGGUGCGGCCUCCGGGCUGCCAGGUCCAGUGGCACAAGGACUGAAGGAGGCGUUGGUGGAUACGCUCACCGGGAUCCUGUCCCCGGUGCAGGAGGUGCGGGCGGCUGCCGAGGAACAGAUUAAGGUGCUCGAGGUGACAGAGGAAUUUGGCGUUCACCUGGCAGAGCUGACUGUAGAUCCCCAGGGGGCACUGGCAAUUCGACAGCUGGCAUCAGUCAUUUUGAAGCAGUAUGUGGAGACGCACUGGUGUGCUCAGUCAGAGAAGUUUAGGCCUCCUGAAACCACAGAGCGGGCAAAAAUUGUUAUCCGGGAGCUAUUGCCCAAUGGGUUGAGAGAAUCAAUAAGCAAAGUGCGUUCUAGUGUGGCCUAUGCAGUGUCCGCCAUUGCCCACUGGGACUGGCCUGAAGCCUGGCCACAACUCUUCAACCUGCUCAUGGAGAUGUUGGUGAGCGGAGACUUAAAUGCAGUCCAUGGAGCCAUGCGCGUGCUGACAGAAUUCACUCGAGAAGUAACAGACACACAGAUGCCACUUGUUGCUCCUGUCAUUCUCCCAGAGAUGUAUAAGAUCUUCACCAUGGCCGAGGUGUAUGGGAUUCGAACCCGUUCCCGCGCUGUGGAGAUUUUUACCACUUGUGCCCAUAUGAUCUGUAACAUGGAGGAACUGGAAAAGGGCGCAGCCAAAGUCUUGAUCUUUCCUGUGGUGCAGCAGUUUACAGAGGCCUUUGUUCAGGCCCUCCAGAUACCAGAUGGCCCCACAUCUGACAGUGGGUUUAAGAUGGAAGUCCUGAAGGCAGUGACAGCCCUGGUGAAAAAUUUCCCAAAGCACAUGGUGUCCUCCAUGCAGCAGAUUCUGCCUAUUGUCUGGAACACGCUGACCGAGAGUGCAGCUUUUUAUGUGAGGACAGAAGUCAAUUACACAGAGGAAGUGGAAGAUCCUGUGGAUUCCGAUGGUGAAGUCCUGGGCUUUGAAAAUCUUGUCUUUAGCAUUUUCGAAUUUGUCCACGCUCUACUUGAAAAUAGCAAAUUCAAAAGCACUGUUAAGAAAGCUUUGCCUGAGUUGAUUUACUACAUUAUCCUGUACAUGCAGAUCACUGAGGAGCAGAUUAAAGUAUGGACGGCCAAUCCCCAGCAGUUUGUGGAAGAUGAAGAUGAUGAUACUUUCUCUUAUACUGUCAGGAUUGCAGCUCAAGAUCUACUGCUGGCUGUGGCCACAGAUUUCCAGAAUGAGAGCGCAGCAGCCCUGGCUGCUGCAGCCACUCGACAUUUACAAGAAGCUGAGCAAACCAAAAAUAGCGGCACUGAGCACUGGUGGAAGAUCCACGAGGCAUGCAUGCUUGCCCUUGGCUCAGUGAAGUCCAUCAUCACGGACAGUGUGAAAAAUGGCAGGAUCCAUUUUGACAUGCACGGCUUCCUCACCAGCGUCAUCCUUGCAGACCUCAACCUCUCAGUGUCUCCUUUCCUCUUGGGCCGGGCACUUUGGGCUGCCAGCCGGUUCACUGUUGCCAUGUCCCCUGAAUUGAUCCAGCAGUUCCUCCAGGCAACAGUCAGUGGUCUCCACGAGACCCAACCGCCAUCUGUUCGCAUUUCUGCUGUGAGAGCCAUCUGGGGUUAUUGCGACCAGCUGAAAGUCUCUGAGAGUACCCACGUGCUCCAGCCCUUCCUCCCCAGCAUCCUGGACGGUUUGAUUCACCUAGCAGCCCAAUUCAGCUCAGAGGUCCUCAACCUGGUGAUGGAGACCCUGUGCAUCGUCUGUACAGUAGACCCAGAAUUCACAGCAAGCAUGGAAAGCAAAAUCUGCCCCUUCACCAUUGCCAUUUUCCUUAAGUACAGUAAUGAUCCCGUCGUCGCCUCGCUGGCUCAGGACAUCUUCAAGGAGUUGUCCCAGAUUGAAGCCUGUCAGGGCCCAAUGCAGAUGCGGCUGAUUCCCACUCUGGUCAGCAUUAUGCAGGCUCCAGCAGACAAGAUCCCUGCAGGCCUCUGUGCAACAGCCAUUGACAUCCUGACCACAGUAGUACGGAACACAAAGCCUCCUCUCUCCCAGCUCCUCAUCUGCCAGGCGUUCCCUGCUGUAGCACAGUGCACGCUCCACACGGAUGACAAUGCCACUAUGCAGAAUGGUGGUGAGUGCUUGCGGGCCUACGUGUCUGUGACGCUGGAGCAGGUGGCCCAGUGGCACGAUGAGCAGGGCCAUAAUGGGCUGUGGUAUGUGAUGCAAGUCGUGAGCCAGCUCCUGGACCCCCGCACCUCAGAGUUCACUGCAGCCUUUGUGGGCCGCCUGGUCUCCACCCUGAUCUCCAAGGCGGGACGCGAGCUGGGAGAGAACCUGGACCAGAUUCUUCGUGCCAUCCUCAGUAAGAUGCAGCAGGCGGAGACGCUCAGUGUCAUGCAGUCCCUGAUCAUGGUGUUCGCUCAUCUGGUGCACACACAGCUGGAGCCCCUCCUUGAGUUCCUCUGCAGCCUCCCGGGGCCUACCGGCAAGCCCGCCCUGGAGUUUGUGAUGGCCGAGUGGACGAGCCGGCAGCACCUGUUCUAUGGGCAGUAUGAAGGCAAAGUCAGCUCGGUGGCGCUGUGUAAGCUACUCCAGCAUGGCAUCAAUGCCGACGACAAGCGACUGCAGGACAUCCGUGUGAAGGGCGAGGAGAUCUACAGCAUGGACGAGGGCAUCCGCACCCGCUCCAAGACCGCCAAAAACCCCGAGCGCUGGACAAACAUUCCUCUGCUGGUCAAGAUCUUAAAGCUGAUCAUCAACGAGCUCUCCAACGUCAUGGAGGCCAACGCUGCCCGCCAGGCUACCCCUGCAGAAUGGAAUCAAGAUGACUCCAAUGAUAUGUGGGAGGACCAAGAGGAAGAAGAUGAGGAGGAAGAGGACAGUUUAGGUGGACAACUGUUAUCUGACAUUUUAGCCACAAGUAAAUACGAAGAAGAUUACUACGAGGAUGAUGAGGAAGACGACCCUGACGCCCUGAAAGAUCCCCUCUAUCAGAUUGAUCUGCAGGCAUAUCUCACGAACUUCCUCUGCCAGUUUGCUCAGCAGCCCUGCUACAUAAUGUUCUCAGGCCACCUCAAUGACAACGAGAGGCGCGUUCUACAGACCAUCGGCAUCUAGAAAAGAGCUUUUCCACGUCUGCUCCUCUGGCCCAGCCACAAACCAUCUUGCAGCCCUGCUGGCCUUGAGGUGUACAUUUGCUCUCAACCUAGAGUGGCCUCCUGAUGCUUGGCCAGGGGCCAUUGCAGAGUGACACUGAUAAUAAUUCAGAUAAAGCUCACCAGUGCUGUCUCUUAGGAAUGCUGGAACAAGGACAGUUCUCAAAGUCCCCCCGAAGAUAGACCAUCUCUAGAGCCCUUCUCCCCCCGCCCCCCAACUAUGCCCCUACCUCUAUUUCUAGAGUCUUCUGCUGGCCAGCUCAGAAACAUUACUACCCAGUAGGAUUAUGAAUUACUUUGUUCCAUCUCAGAAGCACAGGAAGUCACGACCAUUUCUAUCCUAAAAACAGACCUGGCUGCUUUCAUAGGACAUUGGGUGUUUUCAGUUAGGAAAACUCUUGAGAGACAGUUAAACUUCCUGCCCUCCCACACAGACGCUCUGGGUUCUCCAUAGGAACAAGAAGCAGCAGCUACCUUCUAAUCCUCUCCUGUGACCACGCCUGUUCCCCACCUGCAACACUAAGGCUCCCCUGCCAGAGGAAGUCGUCUUGUUUUUGCCUGGUUGCAUGACACAGCCCCUCCGCCCAAGCUAGUCCUCUGUAUACACGCACACACACAGUAAGCCAGACAGAUGGCAAUUUGUUUUUCCUUUUUUUAGAAAGAAAGUGGGAAAAACAGAUUUUUUUUUAAAAAAAAAAUGUCCUCCUGACCCAACUAUAUUUAAUAUUGCCUCUCCCACACAUUACCACAGUCUGAUAUUCAAAGGUCACCCUCUCUCCCUCAGGAAUCCUCUGAAGUGGUUAAGUUGUAGCCCUCAAAUUUGCAAUGUUGUAUUUUUAUAGGAGAGUAAAGUAAUCUUUACAAAUGAA